AUGAAGUUUGCGCGCGAGUUCAAGGCAGCACUCCAGAGCGGGGAUUACCCCGAGGAGUGGUGCAAGGCCGCCAUUCCCUAUCCAACCCUCAAGAAAUGCCUGAACAAGAUCCGCGCCGAGUUCCAGGCCAUGGGCCUCGACGCCGACACGCUACGCCAGCUGCUGGCUGCUCAGGCUGUGUCUGAGCGCGGUGACCAGAUUCCACUUGCUAAGUACAAGUUUGAUGUGAGCGACUCUGCCGUUCAGACACACUUUACCAUCUUCGUCGACCUCGAAGAUGGCGUCGUUGUGGACGCCUCACUUUCGCCCGCAUCCAAGGCUUUUCUUGAAAAACAGGCCGAUAUUCGGCGCAGCUCGGUUGCUGAUGACCAACUUACCGGCGAAACCAGCCUAGAUGGUGGCUCGCCCAUGCCUGACGCCAUUGUCGACGAAUCGGCCGACGAGAGCGGCCCGUCGUCAAGCCUCUCAUCCCCGCCCGGUGAGCGUGUAGGCUCUAGUGGCACGGGCGGUGCCCGCCAAAAGAGCUUCCAACGUGUCGAGGUGUCCCUGACAGCCGACAGCGAGUUCUUUGGUCUCAUCUACCGCGACAUGGCUGAGCUCGAGCGCAUUGGGCAGGCUGAGCAGGCUGCCAUCACGGCCGAAGUCGUGGCGCUGGGUCAGGAAGUGUCGGCCGUGGCAAGACCGGAAAGGAAGAAGCGGACGUGGUUUGGGAGCUCAUUUGCAAAGGCUAGUGCAAACCAGACGACCACCGCCGUCGCUCAUCACAAAUACGCCAGCGACCUGACUCUCUGGCGCGAGCUGUUGGAGCUGUACCUCGACGCCCAGGUCUUCUUUUCCACACGCGAACGCGACCACGGCAAGGCCCGCACAUCUGCUCAGGCGUCGCGGCAGCUCGACUGGUUCCAGGAGCAGGUGAAGAGCCGCGGGCUGCUGCAGCACUUCCAGCUGGCCGCGAGUCUCGCCACCUACCAGCACUUCUUGAUGCUGAACAAACGGCUCUACCUCAAUCUGCGCUUCCGCGAGCUCAACCAGACUGCCCAGUCCAAAAUAUUGAAAAAAUUCGACAAGUGGACAGCCCUGGACGUAUCGCGGACGUUCCCCGACGCCACUCGCCACCACCAUGAUAUGCUCGUCGAUAGCUUAGCCCGCGACGUCUGCGCCCGCAUCGCCGAGGAUGUCGUCGCCGUCGUGCCCCGCCUCGAAGAUUACACCUGUCCGGUCUGUCUCAGCAUCGCCUGGAUGCCUGUGCGCCUACUUUGUCGCCAUGUGUUUUGUGUCCGCUGCGUCAUCAAGAUGCAGCGUGAAGAACAAAAGUUUUGUCCCUUGUGCCGCGGUGAGGUCGUCAUGCAGGCUGAUCUCGACAACCUGGAUGCCGAUCUCCAUAGGUUCUUGAAGCUCUACUUCCGGCAGGAAGUCAAGGAGAAGCAACAGGCCAACGAGAUUGAGCGUGGACAAGAACUGUUCGGCGAAGGGUACAAACCGACGUCCUGCGUCUUGAUGUAG